AUGCCACCGGGUUUCCCCAUCUCAGCAGUGGAGGAGAAGCAGUUGAAUUGCCCUUUCACAGGAAGCCACAUGCGAACAAGGAACAGAGAAACGCGAGGAUUAUCUUACCUCCACUGCGCCUUCCGUCCGCCGAUAAUCCACUACAACGUGAAGCCGAGCAAUAUCCUCCUCAACGCUGGCGGCGAAGCAAAGGUGGCUGAUUUUGGACUGAUUCGGUUGCUCGGGCCUCGACCGGAGCGACAGGGCACUAGGCAGAGCGCGUUUGGGUACGCGGCGCCGGAGCUUGAGGGUUUUCCUCUUUGGCCUAAUGGUUGGGGUUCGAAUGUCACCGCCGGCAUCUGCAUGGCGGCAGGCCAGUCAUGUCGGCAAUUCCCAGCCAUUUUUCCGACGAAAUGCCCGGCGGAAAAUGACAUUUUUCAUGUAGUGUCGGACUUCUGCCUGUCGUCGGACUUUCGCUGGACUUCUAUCCGACUCCAGACUUUUGUCCAUCGACAGACUUCUACCCAAAGCCGGACUUACGUCCAUCGCCAGAUUCCUAUCCGGCACCAGACUUCUGCUCGUCAUUGGAAUUCUAUCGGGCUUCUACCUGAUGCCGAAUUUCUACCUGUCGCCAAAUAUUCAUUGGACUUUUAUCCGACGCUGGGCUUCUCCCUGAUGCCGUCCUUCUGA